UCGCUGGUCGUUGGAGCAGCGGCUUCUUGUUUCCGUUCCGUUUAGUCUGGCCAUUCGCGUUUUUCCUAGGAGUCGGUGCGGGCUGCUUCGUUGCGCGGUCGAUUACUGUUGGUCUCUCUGGCCUGCGCCUGGAUAACGCAAAAAACCCAACCAGACUGCCUGCCUGCAGGGAGAACAAUCCAAUUCAUUGCCAACUCUGAAUUUAGCCGGCAAUAAAACCGAAAGUGUCUGGCAGCCAGCAGCAUAUUCGUAGUCCUCUUUGAUGAGCCGCCGCAACCGCAGACGCCCCUCGGAUGUGAUUGGAGAGAUCUUGGCGUUUCCGCGUGCCGUGUCCUUCCGCGUCGCUAACAAGCUGCAGCGCCCAGGACCAGAGUUUUCCAAUGCCCCUAGUCGCUACAGGGAAAUCAUUAAACAAAUUUCAGAAUUCGUCGCGUAGACGUCGGGGCCCUAUCGACGUCCGUUCCGUCCCAUCCACGCCCCCGCUUCGCCGCCACUGCGUAAAACAAUCAGAAAUCGAGUGAAAUAAAAACACAAAAAGAAAUGCCAAAAAAAUUACAUAAAACCGCACACAAAGCAAAUAAAGAGGAGAGCCAGAGACGGAGCGCGAAGUAGAAUAUACAGAGAAAUCAGCGGAAAAUAACAUUCGAAAGGAACGGUUAAAACGAAACGAAUGAAAUCAAAACACCAAAGAAGCGUAAAGCGACGACCAACACGGAAGAAAUCAGCAGAAAAACAACAACCAGAGAACCGAGCCCCAUAGAACAGAGUCGGGUCCAUUGAACGAGGGAUCCCCUACCCCAACCCCACACAAUAUAUAUUGUGGAAUGAAGGGCGGCGGCGCCUACAUCAACAUUGGCUCAAGCAGCAGCAGCAUCAACAGCAGCGGUAGUGGGAGCGGCAGCAAGAUGACGCUGGGAAAAUCUGUUAAAAUGUACCUGACCAUAUUCAUAGCCACGACCUGCAUCUACAUGGUGCUGUAUCAGUAUCACAUGUCCCGGGAACCCUUCUCACCCAGCGAAGUCGGAAAGCAUCAAGAGAAAUCAUCAUCAUCGUCAUAUAUCGCCUCAUACUUGUGGUCACCCAUCUCCCUGCUAAUGGCCAAUAACUUGACAAGCAACAAUGCAACAACAACAACGACAACAACAGUGGCAACAACUACAGUAAGCAAUGUGGACCAGGUGCAGGAAUCAUCCUUUGGGUCCAUCCAAUCGGUUUCAUUAGCUGCCACCCGACCCACACUGACAUCGUCAUCGGCAUCAGCAUCAGCAUCAGGGGGUGGCGCCCAUAAGACUGCAACAACCACAUCAACCACUCCUGCUCCAGCAACAAUUGGCAGCGCAGUGACAGCAACAACAAGAAGUACCAAAGCCAAUCCAAGCGCCAAAAAAGCUACAGCAAAUGCCGCCAAAGCCUUGGCCCCAUCCACAUCCAUGUCCCAGUCCCAGCUGGACGCUGCCCAUAAAAUUCAACCAACAUUCGUUGCCGCUUCACAGCCCCCGCCCCUGUACAUAAUCACGCCCACCUACCGGAGGCCCGAGCAGCUGGCGGAACUGACGCGCCUCGGAUACACGCUGAAGCACGUGGCCAAUCUGCUGUGGCUGGUCAUCGAGGAUGCGAACAAGACGAACCCACUGGUGGCGCACACCCUGGACCGCAUCGGUGUGCCUUACGAGUACAUGGUGGCACCCAUGCCCGAGAAGUACAAGCAGACGAAAAAGGCCAAGCCGCGCGGCGUCUCCAAUCGGAAUCGGGGCCUCGAGUAUCUGCGCCAACAUGCCACCGAGGGCGUGCUCUACUUUGCCGACGAUGAUAAUACCUAUGACAUUAGCAUAUUCGAGCAGAUGCGGUACAUCAGCAAGGUGGGCAUGUGGCCCGUGGGUCUGGUAACCAAAACGGGCGUCAGCAGCCCCAUUAUACGUAACGGGAAGCUCGAUGGUUACUAUGAUGGCUGGAUAGGGGGACGCAAGUAUCCCGUGGACAUGGCCGGAUUCGCGGUGAACAUCAAGUUCCUAAGACAGCGACCCCACGCACAGAUGCCCUUCAAGCCGGGCUAUGAAGAGGAUGGCUUCCUACGGAGUCUGGCGCCGUUGGAUAACAACGAGAUCGAUCUGCUGGCCGACGAGUGUCGAGAUAUCCUCACUUGGCACACGCAGACCAAGAAGAACCCGCCCGCACAAGCGUUGAACAAGACGCGCUACAGCAACACCAAUCUGGUGCACAUAGACAAGCUGCUGGUGCGUCCAUAAGGGCGGCAGACUGUAGUUAGAUAUAGAUAGAUAUAGAUAAGGGGGUCCGUUUAGGAAAGCGAGUGAGCUCACAAAGUGUCCAUGGACUUGACCAGUUGUACAGGUACAACCUUGUGUUAAAGUCUCGUUUCCACUCUUUACUGUGGACUAAACCAAUCAGAAUUGAUCAGAUGGGCAGAUCGAGUAGAUCCAGUAGUAGGUGUACAUUAUUGCCCAUAAUCAUACGAUAGUUAGCUAGCUAUAAGCGCGCACUCGCCUACGAUAAAGAUACAGCCAGGCUUUGUUUGACCCCAGACACGGCUCCUACUACAUGCCUACGAGUAUGUUUAAUCACACCUUAAGUACUCUAUUCCAAAUCAUAUCGUAUCGUCCUCGACAACCACUACUACUACAACUACAACUACAACUAUUUUGUAAAUAUUCGCAAUUGUCUUGAUUUAAGUUUAGGCAUACUUUUGUUUAGGUUUAAGUUGAAAUUUCUCAGAUUUGUAUCAGCCACAACGAAUUGGAUCGGAUGUUCCUAAAUCUACCAGAAGAUACCCCGCAAAGACAUCCAACGUGCACUCCCCUAACUGCGAUAAGGUCAAGGCCCACUCAACCCACAACAACUAUUGGCGAAUGGUGGCGGGGACAGGUGGCAACUGGAAACUUAUACAUACAUAUAUCCCGGAAUGUUCCCAAGGAACCCAAAAAUGCAGCUCAAAUGUGGGCCGCAGCCAUUUCAAUAAUUCAUGUUGACACAGUAUAUUCUGCCGGCGGCACAGAUACUACCCGUAGUAACUCGUGGCACGGACUGGCCCCCCUCUGCGGAACAUCCGAAUCGCGUGCAGAAACUGCAUGCCAGUCGAUGCGGCGGCGGGAAGUACAGCGAAUGAGUACAGCAAACAGUUUACUAUAUGCUAAUGGGAUUCAAUGACUCAAAAAGUUUUUGGCAAGGCGAAAACCAAUUCCAAUUCCAGUAUAAACUAUGCACACUUUUUUUUGUUAAAGGGACACUCUCUCUCACACACUCUCUCUCAUUAUACUUCUCUUUAGGCCUAAGGAUCUAUGGUGCGAGUUGUUUCGAAUUCUAGGUUUCCAAAUGCAACACUUUCGCACUAUCCCUAGGUAAUGAUAAUGAUAACGAUAAGUUUAGUUUACAAAGAUAAACACUUACAUUUGUAUUGUACUAUAUUCAAGUUAUGAACUGCACUGAAAUACGCCUACGUGUAAAUAAUACCCAAAAAUAUUCACCAAAAAAUAAUUGUAACCAAAUUUUUACAAAUCCCGCGACUGUAUGGGAGCUAUGAAGCUAAGGGAACUAUGACAAAUGGUAUUAUAAAAUUUAUACAAUUUAUACAAACGGAUUACGGAAUAAGCAGCAAAGCAAUUAGUUAGGUACUUACAAAAAUCUUACAACAACAAAUAUUAAUAUACGAAUUAUAGUACGAGUACGAGUACACACAUUCAUAAAUAAUGAAAACCUCUUCAAGAUACUAUCUCAGAAUCUUCCCCAGAAUACUAAACGAUACAGAAAUGCAUAGUACACGCGAGUACGUCUAAAACUAUUCUCUUAUUCAAGUAAAUUACAACAUACAAUGUUUAAACCUGAAAGAACUUCAAUCAUUUUUUAAGCAAAAUAACUUUCAAAUAAAUUUAUCAACUUUCUAAACCAUUUUCAAAGUAAUAUAGUAU